UUGACGUCAGAGGGGGAGUUCUGUGAUCAGGACUUCCUCACACAUUUGAUUUUACCCUUAAUGUCUUAUUUUGUCUCAUCACUACGGACGCUUGGGAGGAAUGAGAACGAUUGGUCCCCAUUAAAGUCCACUAUGGAGAAAAAUCCUGGAAUGUUUUCCUCAAAAACCUUAAUUUCUUUGCGACUGAAAAAAGAAAGACAUGAACAUCUUGGAUGACAUGGGGUUAAGCCUCAGUCUCACAUAUCUCUUUUCGUACAACUUGCUUCAGUUCUACGGGCACACAUGGAUUUUCACAAACAUGACAGCCAGAUUUCUCUCUUUUGGGGAAGAUGCCCAGGCUGGCACCUUCUAUUUUGUGGGCGUUAUGAUGGGCGCUUGUCAGCUUCUGUCUUUGUUAGAACUGUUUCAUAUUGCAGAUGGUUUUGAGGAGUGCAGGCUUUUCCCUCGCUUCAUGCAGGUGAUGGAGAGAAAUGUCCAUCUGUUUCUCCUCAUCAGUCUGGAAGAGUUUCAGAGUAAACCAGUCGUGUGUGUGCAGUUUUAUCUGUGGAAUAUACUGGGCCUUCUAAGGUAUCCACAUGAGUUAUUUUGCCUUAUAGGCACACCAUAUUUUAAAAUGCUAUGGGUGCAUCAAACACUCUCGAUCCCAGUGUACUUGCUGUCUGCUGUCACAGAAGGGAUAAGCAUUUUGCAUAUGUUGCCAUACUUGUCUGAGUCUGAAGGAAUGGAUUCAGUGCAGCUUAAAGUACCUGCAUCAAUAUACAUUUAUUCCCCAUACAUCCUAAUGGGUUGGUUACCUCUUCAUGUAUUAGGAUCCAGUUUAACAGUACUACUCUUGCUGAAGGAAAGGAAGGAGAAUCUGGAGAGCUGGAAUAAGAAAUUGAAGAAAGACUAAUCAGAGAAAUUAUCAUACAGGUCCAUAUCAUACAUUCACCAGUGCCAAACAUUUUAACCUUAGGAGUAUUAUGUAGGAGGCGGAGUGUCUUGUUGAACUCCUCCGUGUUGAAACACAAUUAUGUUUGUUUGUUCACUGCUACAUCUGUAAGAAUUUACACGUUAUCGGUUACAACACAAAUACA